GAACCGGAAGUUGUUUUCAAGCGACAUCGGCGCUGAUGUGAUCUAGUGACGUUAAACGUGUUCCUCGCCGCUAGCCGACACACAUUUACACACCUUAUGACGAUGUUAACAGACCGCCUUUUUUCUUCCUUUAACAACACAACGUGUGUUUUUUAGCAUAAACUCGGUUGAGUCUCAUACGAAAGUUGUAGCAUCAAGCUAAUUAUCGUUGUUAUUAUUAUUAGCCAGUUAACGCUACAACGGUGACAUGCUAAUGAGCUAACGUGCUAGCAGUGAGCGUAACCCGUGCCGACCGUUAUUCGUCGGAGCAGAGACGGUUGACCCGAGGAGCUGUUAAAAGAUGUCCGGAUAUCUAUAACGGAGGCAAUCGCUGUUUUUUGUUGUUGUUGUUGUUGUUUUAAAAAAAAAAAGAAGAAAUCUGCGGGGUUGAGAUGAACACGCCGCUCGGCAGGAGCGGCUUGGUCGGGCUCGCAGUCGGAGCCACGGCCGGUUGCGGCUUGAUCGCCUUCAUGAUUUUCCGGGAGAUCAGUCGGAGGAGAUCCCGGAGACUGGUGCUGGAGGCCCGGCCGGCUCCCCGGCUGGGUGACGGUUCCGAGGAAGCGCUGCUGCGGGACACGCUGGAUGCUCAGGAGGUGGAGGCCCAGCAGCAGGCCCUGGCCGCGGUGGAGGCGGUGGUGCAAGGCCUGUCCCCCGAGCAGCAGCUGGAGCUGCGGACCCAGCUGGACCAGGUGCUGAACUGCGUGGUCUCGCUGCGCUCCGAGGUGGCUGAGCUGAGGGGCGGCCUGCAGGACAUCGCUGUGCAGAUAAUCCAGGAUGUCAAGAAGGGCGUGGAGGAGAGUCAGCGGGUACGUCGGCGGCGCCACAUCGUCCACAGGGAGCGCACCGACUCCACCGGCUCCAGCUCCAUCUACUUCACUGCCAGCCAGGGCGCGGCCAGCGCGUACGAGACCAGCGAAGGGGGGUACUCUACGGCCUACGCGGAGUCGGACUACACCGAUCGGGACACGGACAAAGAGGAGGGCGAGCGGGAGCCGGAGUCCGAGGGGGAGGACGAGGACAGGAGCUGUGCCACUGUCCUCACCCUCCGUCAGGAAGACUCCCAGGAGGAGGAAGCGGAGGACAGAGGGCUGCUGGAGGAGGAGGAGGAGGAGGAGGAAGAGGAGGGCGGGCUGCAGCUAGUGACGGAGGUCCCCAGCGGGGAGCUGGCUCUCCUGCUGGCUCAGAGCGACGUCCUGCACACCGGAGACGGCAGUCUGAAGGCAGAGGGCUUUCGCCUGCUGCUGGACAACCGAGCAGAGUACGGAGACAGCAGGGAGUUUCUAUGGCGACUGGCUCGGGCUUACAGUGACAUGUACGAGUCCACUGAGGACAAACAAGAGAAGAAGACCUAUGCUCAACAAGGUCAGGAGGAGGCCGAGUUGGCCCUGAAGAAGAACGGCCUCAACGCCGAGUGUCACAAAUGGUUUGCUGUGCUGACAGGACUGAGCUCCAAGCAUGAGAGCAUGCACGGCAAGCUGAAGAGCAGCAACAUCUUAAAGGAGCAUCUGGACCGAGCCCUCGCCCUGAGGGACGAUGACCCCAUGUGUUACUACUUGCUCGGCAGAUGGUGCUACGAGGUAGCUACUCUGGACUGGCUGGAGAAGAAGGCGGCCGCCGCCCUCUACCAGAGCCCCCCCACCUCCACACUGCAUGACGCGCUGGAGAACUUCCUCAAGGCAGAGGAACUCAGUCCAGCUUUCUCCAAGACUGUGAGACUUUACAUCGCACAGUGUCACAAGGAGCUGGGAAACAUCUCUGAGGCCACGAACUGGACUGCGCUGGCCCUGAAGACCCCCACAAACUCUGAUGAUGAUGAAACGGCUAAACUAGAGGCCCAGCUUCGAGUCCUAAUUGACAGAAGCAUCUGAAGAAGAAAGAAAAACUAUAUAUUUAUAUAUAUAUAUAUGUCCUUGUAUCCAACUGAUGAGGCCAAUGGCCCAGAUUGGCUCGUCAGGCCGCCAAUCUGAUCUCAUCCCCUUUUCAUUGGUGGAUACUCGUGUCAUACCCUCACUGUGAAAGAUGGACUAUUGAUGUAUAUUUAUUUUCUUUAAUUGAGCAAAUAUGGCUAAAAGUAAUAUUUAUUGUGAUGUUUGUAAUAUCUCUUGUUUAACUAUUGAUCUGCCUUGUUAACUGAUCCUUUGAUUUAUUUUAGUCAAACAUAGUGUAUCAUUUCUGUAGACUGACUGCUAAAUGUUAUUUGGUCCAGAUUAAUUAAUCAGGGAUGUUCUCAGAUCUUUAAGUCAAAGAGGGACUUCAAAAAGGAUACUUAAUUAACUUAUGCAUCCAUUAAUUAAACUUUUGUUCUCCUGUAUUCUAGUUGUGCUGGGUCCAUCCCAAAUUGUCUUUGAAUGAUGUGUUGACACAAUUGUAGUAUUAUAGUAAUUUGAUCUGAAUAUAUAUUUUUCAGCUCCAAUUUCCAUCACUUGAUUAUGUAGUUUAAAGCAUCUGCACUGAUCCAUAAUCUGACUGAAAAGCAGCUCUGUAUUUUUCUGCCUUUUAGCUUUCAGUGUUUUUUCAUUUGUUUCUGAAGUGAAAGUUAAGCUGCUUUGAUCUAACAUGUUUUCUAAUUUGAUCCUGUGAUAAAAAGUCAAUAUGCACUCAAAUGCCCUGCGUAUAACACAAUACAAUUUUUUUUU